AUGCUACACCUUACUCGUUCUGAAUAUGAGAUUUGCGGCGGCAUCAUGAAGAUACUCUUUGCGAAUAGACCGUUUGAGGUUGAUUUCAACGGGCGAGAGAUAUUACUACAACGUGUCAACUGGAGUCCGCCCCGUGUCGCUUUGGUACUCAACGACCAGCCGAUUGGUGCUGCUAUACUCGCUAUACCCGUGCUGGCCGGUUACGACCCGCAGGAGCUCGGCGAAGUCGGUCCGAUAUCAGUGUCGGGUCUGGAAACAGCCUUGCGCGUUAUUGCUAGAAACUGCGGGGACCCAGAAGGCCUAGUCUCUGGGUUCACAUAUGCCGCCAGCUUCGUGCACUAUGCGAGUCCGCUAGGCCGCACGUCUGACCAUUUACCUGAUGGCGAGUGA